AUGAGUGGCGUCCUGCUGGCUGCCCUUCUGGCUUUGGCCUCGGUGCCCGGGGCCGGGGCAGUGUGGCUGGGCAGGCUGGACCCUCAGCAGCUCCUGGGCUCCUGGUACAUUCUCGCCGUGGCCUCGGGGGAGAAGGACUUUGUGGUGGAGAAGGCCACGAAGAACAUCGAGGGGGUUGUGGUGAGCCUCACGCCAGAGAAUACCCUGAAGGUGCUGUCCUCCCGGCACAGGCUGGAGAGAUGCCACCUGCACGCUGUGGAACUGGUGAAACAAAAUUCCGGAUGGGUGUUCGGGAAUCCCUCCCGGGGCGUGCUGGAGUACCGGGUGCUGGGCACCAACUUCAGGGACUACGCCGUGGUGUUCACGCAGCUGGAGCUCGAGGACGAGGCCUUCAGCACCGUGGAGCUGUACGGCCGCUCGGAGCUGGCUAGCCGCGAGGCCAUGGGCCUCUUCACCCGGUGGAGCACGAGCCUGGGCUUCCUGUCCCAGCAGCAGGCCAAGCUGCGCAGGGACCUCACCUGCGCGCACAAGGUCUUCCAGGUAAGCACGGGCCCGGGGCAGGCGGGAGGCUGGUCCCCCUACGUGGACAAGACCCCGCGAUCUGGAUGA